CCAUUAUAUGCAACCAACCAACACCAAGGACAUUUAUCUCCGGAGCGUCUCGCUUCCCCGGAUAAUGUUGCUUCGUAUUGUUUCAUGUCGUUAUAUCUUUUAAAUCUCUGGUUAUUACAGUACUCAAGCAACAUGGCUCUUAUUUCCAACAUAAAAAUGGAGUACAUGGACAGUGAAAUCAUGCCAGAUGCUCAUAAUUUCUCAUUAGAAGAAACAGUCAAUGCAUUACAAACUGUUUACGUGUGUCGUAGCCACAAUCCAAUGGAUGGGUUAAUAUUUUCACCACUUCUCAGUCAUAAUAUAAAAAUGGAACCAACCACCGACUUUGAUUUUGGGAAGGAGCAUUACAUAGGCCAAAUGGAACAAGUUAAUAUGGGGAAGGAGCAUUACCAAGGCCAAAUGGAACAAGUUAAUGAUUAUUCACAUGAAGACUAUGAAGAGCCGUUUGAUUUGGAGCUGACUCCGGACCAAUUGGAAGCAACAUUCAGUAUCCAGCCACCAAUACAUGUACACAAGAGAAAAUUUAAAAAGCAAACAAAAACAAAAAAGUCAUGGCAGAAAAAUGCAACGCAGCAAAGGAAAGUCAACUCCUCCAAAACAGAUUCAAGAGACAAAAAAUCUAAAAACAUUCAUCAUAAACCAAAUAAAUCUGUUAUUAAAAAAGUUCAACAAAACAAAAUGUUUGGUAAAACUAAUAAAGAAAAAUCUGUUCCGAAAAAUGGAGUGCAGCAAAGGAAAGUCAACUCCUCCAAAACAGAUUCAAGGAACAAAAAAUCUAAAAACAUUCAUCAUAAACCAAACAAAUCAGUUAUUAAAAAAGUUCAACAAAACAAAAUGUUUGGUAAAACUAAUAAAAAAAAAUCUGUUCCGAAAAAUGGAAUGCGGCAAAGGAAAGUCGACUCCUCCAAAACAGAUUCAAGGAACAAUAAAUCUAAAAACAUUCAUCAUAAACCAAACAAAUCAGUUAUUAAAAAAGCACAACAAAACAAAACAUGUGGUAAAACUAUUAAAAAAAACCAUGUUGCUACGAAAACAGCAAAACAAAUGGUAAUUACGUCAAAAAAACAUCAGUGUGAAUUAUGCAAUGUAAUAUUUCCUCAAAAGAAAAUGUUGGUUAAACACAAAAAAGUUCAUAAAAAAAUAAGGAAGACAUUUCCAUGUAUAACUUGUAAGGAAUCAUUCAGCGAUAUAAUUUCUUUGUUAAAACAUUCACGAAUUCAUGUAAUUAAAACAAAUUGUAAUGUUUGCAGUAAAUCAUUUAAUGAUGCUGCUACGUUUAAAGAGCAUAAAAAAACUCAUAUGGGUGAGAAACCCUUUAAAUGUGAUGUUUGUAGUAAAUCAUUUUUUAAUGUCACAAGUUUGAAGUCCCAUGGCAAAUCCCACUUGUCAAAGAAGUUAUUUCAAUGUGAUGUUUGUAGUAAAUCAUUUUUUAAUGUCACAAGACUGAAGUCCCAUGGCAAAUCCCACCUGUCAAAGAAGUUAUUAGUGUGUGAUGUUUGUAGAAAGUCGUUUAAAAACAAAAUGAAUUUAAGUGAUCAUAUGGCAUCUCACAAAACGUUUGACAAAAAUUUGGAAUCUGAUCCUCCUAAACAGGCCAGCAUUGAGGACAAAGCGCAUGACAUUGUUGACGGAGCAUCUACAUCUAGUACGAUGCUGAUGCCAAUGAUCGAAACUACUCCUAAGAAUUCAAUUGUAUGUGGCAUUUGUAACCGAUCUUUUAAAAGCUGCCAGAGUUUAACAUCCCAUAUGAGAUUUCACAAAAACCAUAGACAAAAAGCUGCAAGCAUUGAGGACAAAAAUGUCUGUGACAUUUGUAGCAGAUCUUUUAAAAGCUGCCAAGGUUUAAAAUUACAUAUGAGAUCUCACAAAACCAUAGACAAAAAAUUAGAAACUGAUCCUCCUGAACAGGCCAGCAUUGAGGACAAAGCAACGACUCCUUCCAAGAAUUCAAUUGAUUGUGACAUUUGUAACAGAUCUGUUAAAAGCUACCAGGUUUUAAAGUUGCAUAUGAGAUCUCACAAACAUUUAGACAAAAAUUUGGAAACUGAACCAUCUAAACCAGAUAGCAAUGAGGACAAAGCAUGUGACAGUGUUAAUGGGGCACCUACACCUAAUCAGAUGCUGAAGCCAAAGAUCGAGGCUGCUCCUUCCAAGAAGUCCUCUGAUUAUGAUUUAAUAUUCCAUUUGAGAUCUAACAAAAUCGUAGACAAAACUUUGGAAUCUGAUCCUCCUAAACCAGACAGAAUUGAAAACAAAGCACAUGACAUUGUUGACGAGGCAUCUACAUCUAGUACGAUGCUGAAGCCAAUGAUCGAAACUACUCCUAAGAAUUCAAUUGUAUGUGGCAUUUGUAACCGAUCUUUUAAAAGCUGCCAGAGUUUAACAUCCCAUAUGAAAUUUCACAAAAACCAGAGACAAAAAGCUGCCAGCAUUGAGGACAAAACAGAUAACAAAUCAACAUGUGGGAUACUGAAGCCACUUAGCAACCCUCCUUCAUCGACUCUUUCAAGGAACCCCUUUAAAUGUAAUGUCUGUGAUAAAUUGUUUGAAACUAAGAUCGCUUUAAGUCUUCACUUAAAAACUCACAAAAUAUUAAACAAAAGUUUAGAAAACGGACCUCUUAAAGCUGCCGGAAAUGAAGCCAUUUCAUGUGAAAUUCUUUUAUAAAUCAAGUGAGGAUCAGGCAAAUGACAUUGACGAUGAAGCGAAUACAAAUUUUGAUGACUCAGAUGGUGAUGUGGAUGGAGGUAUGGACAUUGGAGGUGAAGCAGAAGAAGAUAGGGAAGAUGCUGACGAAGAAAAAAAAAUGAGUGUGUAGUUUGAUUUAAGCCAUUUGAUUGUCUUAAAAGUCUUGAAAUUCACAUGAAAUGCCAUUCAUCUAAAAAAGUCUUUGAUCAGUAAUUCCCCAACCUUUAUGUGUGAUGUCUGAGGAAAGAACUUGUCAUCCUAACACAGUUUGGUGAGACACAAGUUUGGAAAGGGAACCUCUUAAAACAGAUAGAAAUGAAGAUAAUUCAGCAGGUCAUGGGGUUGGAGCAGUGGACAUUGGAGAUGAAGAAGAUACAUGUACAAAUUUUGAUGAGACAGAUGGUGACGUGGAUGGAGCAGUGGACAGUGGGGGUGAAGCAGAAGAUAAUAGGGAAGAUGCAAGUGAUAUCACUGAUGAAGAACAAGUUGAGUGUGCAGUUAGCUUUGAGCCAUUUGCUUGCCCUGAAAACCAAGAAAUUCACAUGAAACGCCAUUCAUCUAGACGACUUCGACCAGUAAUCCCACAAACUUUAUGUGUCAAGUCUGUGGAAAGAACUUGUCAUCCAAAGACAGUUUGCAGACACACUCUCGACUUCACACAGGAGAAAAACCUUUUGUUUGUGAUAUUUGUGGUACAGCAUUCAGCGAUAAAGGUGCCCUGACCAAACAUUCUGUCACUCAUUCUAGGGAAAGGAAUCAUUGUUGCGAAAUAUGUGGUCGUGGUUUUGGUCUUGCAGGUCAACUCACAUGUCAUAUGUCUGUCCACCCAGACAAAAAACUGUUCAAAUGUAAAGGUUGUGAUAGAGCAUAUAAACGGAAGACUGAGUGUAAUCUUAUUCCUGAAGCAAUGGCCUGAGAAAUUCCUCUCUGGCCAUUGCUAGAUUGGCUUCUGAUACUUGAGCUUUUGAGGGACUUUGUCUAUUUUUCCCGUAACGUUAUGUAAACACAUUUGGUCCAAUUUGGAGCUCAGUUUUAAGCGUAAUGCUUUUGUAACCCAGUUAGCUAUUGGUUGUUAAUCGGACCAUUGACCAGUCAUAAUUUGGAACAGAAAUUUGCCUUCCUUAAAGCAGUGUUUAUUGGGAUUAGGUAUAUAAUCAAACGAAACACUGCGAGAAGUAUGGAGUGUAAUAUGCAUUUUAGAAAGCAUCAUUGUGAUUGGGAAAGGGAUCUGGAUAGGAAAAUUUCCGAGGUAGAAAGAUCCAAAUCUAAAUUGUGCAAUAGACUGGUCCAAACAAAGUACGUAGAAGAACAUACGAAAAAGCAUAAUGAGAAAUUUCGACAAGUUAUUUGUGAUGUUUGUGCUGUAUCCUUUGUACGAAGAGCUAGUUUUUUGCGACAUAUGAAGAUUCACACUGGUGAAAAAUCUUACAAAAUGGACAACUCGAAAUAAUAAUAAAAAUAAUAAUAGUAAGGAUUAUUAUAUUGCGUUAGACUCAGAACAAAAUGCCUGCUCAAAGCGCUAACAAAACUAAGUUUAUCUGUAAGAACUGUCAAACAGAUAGGUCUUUAAACGUGGCCAGCGCUCUUUUAGUUAUCAAGCACCUGUUUUAUGGUAUAAUCUACCAUUUAGUUUAAGAUGUUGUACAUCUCUAUUAAAACUCAUUUUUUUAAUCAGUCUUUUAACUGACUAUACAAUCGUUAACAUAUCUGUAAUCUUGUUGUUUAUUUAUGAUUAUAUUGUCACUUUGUAAAGUGCCCCCGAAUAUGUUAUAUGAAAGGGCGCACUAUAAAUAUGCUGUAAUAAUAAUAAUAUACGGAGGUAUUGGAAAUGAAA